AUGCAUCAUCACCGUGCUCAAUAUUAUGACACUAGUGAUGUGAAGGUUCGAUCCCUGUCUCUUGUAACUUCAUUUCAUCCAGGUCAUUGGAAGUUAUUCUUGGUUACAAGAAUUUCCGGAAUGGCAACUAAAGUACCAGCGUCGUUAAAACCUAUUGCACAUUACAUAAAAAUCGCCAAUGAAAAUUCCAGUCGCGAUCCAGUGGUUUACUAUUGGUGUCUUUUCUACGCUGUUCAAACAGCUAUGCAACUGGACAAGAGCUCACCGGAAGCUUUAAAGUUUCUUACUGGUCUGCUCAGCACCCUUGAAGCUAUCAAAAAGCAGCUGGCGGGAACAGAGGCUGUCACAAAUGAGGUGGUGGCACAAGCACAUUUGGAGAAUUUUGCGCUGAAACUUUUCAAUUUCGCCGAUGCUAAAGAAAAGGCAGGCCAAGUGGACAAGAGCGUUGUGCAUGCUUUCUAUACUGCAGGGCAUGUAAUGGAUGUGCUGUCGUUGUUUGGAGAGGUGGAUGAGCCUUUUUUGAGCUCGAAAAAGUACGCUAAGUGGAAGAGCACUCAGAUUUUUGCUUGUUUGAAGGAUGGAACACCUUAUGUACCCAGCAGUCAGCAAGGUCCAGAUGAUGUACCUUCCGAUGGCAGCCCAUUUCCAGCAGAAGCUCAUAACCCUGCUCCACAACCUCCACGAGCGGGCGGUCCUCCAGAACCAGUAGAGCACCAUUAUCCGGAAAUCGGAUCCGGUUCAACAAAUUCAAGUGGAAGUUUCCAAUAUCCAGGAGGACAGAACCAACUAGGAACAGGAUAUCAGCCUCAGCAUCCACAGCAACCUCAACAACCUCAACAACCUCAACAACCUCAGCGCCCUCAGCCACCUCACCACCAGCCUAGUUAUGGUUUCGCGGGUCUACCUAAUGUACCAGGCAGUACCGGCAGUUUUCCUCCUGCCCCACAACACGGUUACAAUAAUCCUACACCUAUGAAUACGAUUGUACCAGAAGUGGGCGGAUCAGUAUCUGGUCCUGGUGAAGAUCGAAAACCACCGGUUGAAGCGUUCAACGAGGCACGCAAAUUCACCAAAUACGCACUAAGCGCUAUCGACUACGAGGACACCAAAGCAGUUGUCGAAAAUUUGCGUAAAGCGCUUGCACUCAUGGAACGAUUUUAGUGGGUUGCCCUUACAGUGGUACUCCUGUCACAUUGUCGCCAUGUAUAGAGUGUAUUUACUCAGACAUAGUCAUGUUUUGCUUUCGUUGUAAAUUUUUCAAAUGUUCAAACGUUUUUGCAUGUUAAUCUUUUAUUAUAUACUCGUGAUUAUUCUAUUUUUUUGUCGUCAACAUUUAGAGUCUGAUAUCCACACUAGUUAAGACAAAUCUCCAAAAUUUGCGUUGGUAAAUUUCCUGCUUUGUUUUUCUCCAUCAGUGUAGUUUCACACCUUCGAACCUUUGAUCCAACAGCUACACAAAUGUAAGUCUUCAUUUUUUCCUGCUAGGUUCUCAAAAUGUCAGUCUGGCUGUCACUUAUAUGUAGAGUUCAUUUUGUAAUGAAUAGCCGUUCAAAUCAACCGUAAUCGACUAUAUCCUCUGUGAAAAAUAAAUGUUA